UAUCAUUAUAAUCUUGGUGAAAUAUUUGAAAUAUUUCUUUAGAGAAAAAUUCUCAUAAUAAUGGAGAAAUUCUUAAGUGUAUUAAUUAUUUUUAUUUCUUUUGCUCAAGUUUUUACUUUGGAAGAAAUAAAUUGUACAGUGCAAAGUAAUUUUCUCGUUAAUAUUAGAAAUAAACAUAAAGCAAUUAUAUUCGAUGGACGACUGUUUGUACAAUUUUCAAGAGAAAAAUUUAAAGUCUACACGUAUAAAAAUUCAGAAGAUGUGAAUUUUAUAAUAAAUGAAACAUUGGUCAAUUUUCAAGGAAAAAUGCUAAUCGAUAAUUUUGUGGAUAAAAUAAAACCAAUAAAUCAAGUAUUUCAUACGCGAAUAUUGGGAGUUUCUGUUCUACAGGAUAUUUCUUGUUAUGACACUAUUUUAACACAAUGUCAAAUACUUUUACCGAGAAAUAAAACGGACAGUCCUAAAUUUCCCUUUGAGGUGGAAAAUGAAAUACUUCAUUUGGCAGCAAGUUGUUUAAAUAUUGAAUUAACGGAAAAAAUUGGUAGUCUAUUACCAUUAGAUUUUUCAAAAUCAACUGAUUUUUAUAAUUUUGGACCUCUCUCUGUACAAUCAAAUAAUGCCAUCGAAUAUUCAUGUUUAAAUCAUUCAAUAACUGAAGAGAAAAAAAAAUUAAAAUCAAUGCAGUUGGCUCUAAAUACAAUUAUCGACGUUGCAGUUAUAGAAGUGAGAAAAAUUUUACUUGAACGAAAUUUGGGUAUAAUAAAAAUUCCCGACGUUUUUGAACCAUAUCAUGUAUUUACCGAUACAUUUAUUCAAAUGUCAGGAUAUUUUAAUGCAACAAAUGGAACUUUUGAAGAUUUUUCAACAAUUAAAAGAACAAGUGAAGUUGUGAUUGAUCAAAGAAAUCAAAAGCUGUCAAUUGCAUUUGGCUUUGGACUCGAAACAGCGAAAAUACAUUUUGGUUUCUAUAAGGCUAAAUAUGGUGUUUUAUCAAUGAGUGGAAAUAUAUCAGCGACAGUUAAAACUGUUGAUGCUGUUGUUAAAUUGUCAAUGGAUUUUGAAAAAAAUCCAUGUAAAGCAAAAUUGGAAUAUUUUCGUUUUUCUCAUUUUGAUAAUUUGCUAAUUAGUAUUUCCGGUAAUAAGGUAAUAAGUCCCGUAGCGUCAAAAAUAGUGACUUCCGUUAUUAAUAAAUGGAGAAAAGAAAUUUCGGAAUUUGUUGAAAAUAUCGUUGGUAAGCUUAUUGAAACUGAAUUUCAUGAACUCAAUUGUGAAAUUUAUAGAAAUGCUCUAAGUUCAGAAUGUUAAUUUAUUUUAGUUUUAAAAAAAAAAUUUACUAAACCUG